UACUGCGCAUGCGCAAAGUGGUUUUCAACAUCUGUCACAUCUUUUGUCGGUACAGAUUCACACAACGAGCCCAGCCAAACGUCACGGGAAUACGCAGCGGUUUCCUUCAACAUGACAUCACGCGUUGGUCAUAGAGCUGCUGGUGCCAAUGGAAGUGAAUUCAAACACAGAGAAAGGAUGUCCCCCCCUUAUCAAAUGAGUGCUUCCCUGAAGGCAGAGGUGCGGAAGUUAAACCUGGUCCACCUUCUCCUCUGGCUGCUGGUGGCGGCUCAGGUGACUGUCAGCCAUUUAAACCUGGUGUCACAUGACACAGUGUCCAUGCCAUACCAGUGGGAGUACCCCUACCUGCUCAGCCUCCUGCCUCUGCUCUGCAGCAGCCUGUCACUGCCAAAGAACAAUAUCAGUUACCUGGUCAUAUCCAUGAUCAGCGCAGGCCUGUUCUGUGUGGCGCCCCUCAUUUACGGUGGAAUGGAGAUGUUUCCCGUAGCACAGCAGCUCUACCGACAUGGAAAGGCCUACCGCUUCAUUUUUGGCUUCUCUGCAGUGACUGUUAUGUACCUCAUCAUGGUUAUUGCUGUUCAAGUGCACGCCUGGCAGUUAUAUUACAUGAAAAAGCUGUUAGACUCAUGGUUUGACGCCACACAGGAGAAGAAGAAGAAAUAAUGGCGUGAGGAAACCUGUGACUGGGCAAAACUGUGUUUUUACCUUAAUUUAUACAUAAAUUAUGCAUCUUAUUAAUGUUUAUUUAUUCAGUCAUCAUUAUCAUGUAACAGGAUAGCUUAGACACCAGUGUUCUCUGACACAUAGAUGUAAAAUAGAUUAAGAUAUACAAUAUAUGCAGGGAGCUGGACUUUUUUUUGUAACCAUUAUUUAUUUGAAGGUGCAGGCAGUGACUCUAAUACAAACCUUUUUUUUUUUGUCAAAUUCUUUUGGUCAACUCCUCACAGUCUGCUAGCUGUUUGUUAUGUGUAUGCAAUGAGAGUAAAUUCAGUAUGCAUUCACAGCCCUGGCUCUGUAUUCUGGAUACUCUCCCUCUUCCACGUCUUUGCUCACAAGAAACAGAGCUACACCCACAUACUAAUGAAACAUAAUGUAUUUGUUUGGGUGUUGAGUUAAUUUUGGAGCACACACAAUCAGGGGUGACAUCAAAGCAACAUCCAUAAAUAUGGCAUUCAAUCACCUUGCUCCCUCCUCACCACUGAGUAAAGGCUGCAGCUUUACUUCACACAGAAAAAUAACUUAUUAGGGAUUAGAACAUUAUUGUCAUUGUUCUGAAAAUGUAAAGGUGUUCAUUUUAAGUACAGCAGUGGAGGCAUAAACUGUUCUAACAUAUGCAUUUGCUUAGAAAUUGCUGCUGUAUAUGUUAAAGGAACCAGGUUUUACCUCAGCUGCUCAUGUGCUGAUGCUGUCUUUCAUUAAGUCUACCUCUCACUCCUUUUUUUCUUUCAGAAUGCAUUUAAGCCAUUAAAAAGAAA